UGUUCAGUUCAUAGACGUCGCACGUUUGUGGCCACAGACAGCACUGCUUCGUGCACAGAGACAGAGACGGGCGGAAACAGGGCCGUUCUUCGAGAGGUGGAACCGAGGGGGAAGGCAAGCUUAUGCUGAAUUUCCAUGAGCUGCGCAGUGCCUAACCUCUGCUCUGAUCUCUCCGCUCGCUCCUUCUUCAGCCUCCAUUGUUUUCGCCUCGUUGCUCGAGGUCGGAGCUACGCAAACUCUCUUCUCGGGGGGCCACGCGGUGGUGGCAACAACCUCCACUUCCGUUCAGCUCGCUUCUUCUCGAACCCUCUGCCACCGAAACGGCAAUGGCAGCGGCGCUCUCUGGUCCCUUGCAGGUCCGCCGCCUUAGAGCUUCCUCUGCUCCCUUUCAGCGUCAAUGAGGUCUUAGUACCAUCCGAGAGUAAAACCCUGCAUUUAUACGAAGCUCGGUAUCUGGCCCUGCUCGAGGAUUCCUUAUCGAGGAAGAAGAAGCUAUUUGUGCAUUUUGUGCUUGAUCCUAUAUCCAUGCCGGGUUCAUCUGAUGGGCUUUCAUUUGCAGCUCGAUAUGGCUGUCUGGUCCUGAUAGAGAAUGUUGAAAGGUUAGAAGUUGGAGCGCUGGUCACGAUACGCGGAAUUUGUCGCAUCAAGCUUGCAAAUUUCAUACAGGCAGAACCUUACUUAACUGGCGUUGUCUUACCACUGAAGGAUAAAAAUCCUGAAGAUUCCAGCGAUAUAAGCUCAAGGGUCGCUGAAGUAAAGGAGUCUCUUCAUAAAUUGAAUAGCUUGGAAAUAAAACUUAAGGCUCCCAAGGAGGCACCAUUACAAACUCUGACUGCAAACUCCCUGAUGUGGGCGGAAAAGAAACCAUCACUAGACUGUGAUGAAGCGUUCAUUCUACCUCCAGAAGAGCGUGUUUCUUUUGCAGCAUACCAGCCUGUGUCAGGCUCAAGUGAGUCGGAGCUGCUCAAGUUGCAGAAAGAAAAGCUACAAGCAAUGGACGUGAGAGACACCAUCCGGAGGCUCGAUGACUCGCUGAGACUAGUGAAAGAGAACAUCUCAGUCGUUGCAGCAAAGCUCGCUAUUCAGUCACUCGAGAUGCAAUAAUAAAGGAACAGAAUCCACCAUCUUUGUUUUCGACGUUUCAUCCUUAAAAUUCAGAAAUCUUAGCAGUUGAAAGAAUAUGUAAUAUGGAAAAGAAUGAUGGACCAAAAUUCUAUUACAUUUUUAGAAAAUCGAGCUAUGUUCUAUUUUGGAUGACAGCUCCAAUAUAGUCUAC